AUCUUAGAUCCCUGCUGCAGAAAGGCGUACCGGCAGUGAGGAAACCUAGAUCUUACUGUCAGUGCAAACACAUCAUGGCCGCUGUUACGGGUGACCAAAUAGCUGCCGUGUUACACGGAAAGAAUGAUAUACGACUGGAAGAGACUCCAGUUCCUCAGCCAGGGAAGGGACAGGUUCAAAUCCGAGUCCAUUCUGUGGGGUUGUGUGGCACCGACUUCCACGCCUGGCAGAGAGGGUACUUCGUGACAGACGAGCACCCCCUGGUGAAGCCCUUCAUAUUCGGCCAUGAGAGUAGCGGGGUGGUCUGUGCCGUGGGGGAGGGGGUGACCGACCUUAAAGUGGGUGACCGGGUGGCCAUUGAUCCAGCACCUUCCUGUGGAGAAUGCGAGUUCUGUACUAAAGGCCGCAGUACCCUGUGUCCAAAACUGAACUUGUGGGAACCUGGCAUGGGACAUCUCAGACAAGUUAUUGUCCACAAGGCCGCUCUCUGCUAUAAAAUGCCAGACACAAUGACAUUUGAAGAAGGUGCUCUUCUGGAACCGUUUGUAGUGGCUGUGUACGGCUGUGAAAGAGGACAGGUCAGAGUAGGGACGACAGUCCUUAUCGUUGGCGGAGGUUCAAUUGGAAUGCUGUCCCUCGUCGCAGCAAAAGCCGCUGGUGCGUCCAAAAUCUGUGUUGUCGAUAUCCGUCAAAGUCGCAUUGAUUUCGCCAAGAAGAUGGGGGCCACACACACGGUACUGGUUGAGGGCAGUGACACGGCAGCUACAGGGAAGAAGAUAGGGGAGAUCAUGGGGGACCUGCCCGAGGUGGUGCUGGAGUGUAGUGGCACGGACCCCGGGAUGCAGACCGCUAUACACGCCGUGAAGAAAGGUGGUAAAGUGGUGUUGGUGGGCGUGGCUCCCCAAACGGCAACCAUACCUGCGGCCAUGCUGUUUGUUAAAGAGGCUGACAUUCUGUGUGCCUUCAGAUAUGGGAACAACUUCAAGAAUUCCUUGGCUGCCAUAACAGCGGGUGUUGUGGACAUCAAACCGAUAGCGACCCACUCCUUCCCCCUAGAGAAGAUUGUCCACGCCAUGGAAAUAGCCAGUACUGGACAAGAGGGCGCCCUCAAGGUCAUGGUGCAGCCAGGAAAAAUAUAAAUACUCGACGACCAAAACUAUGCCUCAAUACAGCUCCAAAUUU